CCAUUUCAGUCUCACCAACACUAAUAGUCAUCUCCCUAAGAUCAUUAUAUUAAUACCACAACUGAAACUCAGAGUUGUUGCUUACACUACUAGCUUGUAGAAAUGAGAGGAAACUCGGAUGACAAUGCUCCAAAUGUCCCUCUUCUGAAGCUCCUAGAUUGCUCCCUUAGGGUUUCUGUGAUUCCUCUUAGUAUUGCAACUAUAUGGUUGACUGUGACCAACCACCAAGACAACACUGGCUAUGGGAAGCUGGACUUCGGCAACUUCAUGGGCCUCAAGUACAUGGUUUGCAUCAGCACCAUUUCUGCUGUAUAUGCUUUUGUCGCUGCUGUGUCCUCAUGGAUCAGAUGCUUAGUCUCUAAAACUUGGGUUUUCUUUGUCUCUGACCAGAUAGUAGCCUACUUAAUGGUCACAUCUGUGGCGGCAGUGAUGGAGAUGGUGUUUUUAGCUUAUAAGGGUGACAGGGCAGUCUCAUGGAGUGAAGCUUGUGCUUCAUAUGGAAAAUUCUGCAGUAGAAUGAAGUUGGCCUUGGUUCUCCAUUCUUUGGCCCUUUGUAGCUUCCUUGUUUUAGCUGUGAUUUCUGCUUAUAGGGUCUUCAGCAUGUAUGAGGCACCUUCGGUUUCUCAUAAAGAGGUGGAGUUAGAAGAGAACACCACAUAGAUGGGUUCUCUAAAACUUGUUUUGUUAUACAAAAAACUUAGAAGUAUGAGUCGCUUUAUGGAGUGAAUUGUGAAGAGAUACAUGCAACUCAUGAUGUAUUUGUUUCACGGAUUUGAGAUUUGGGAAUAGAAAAAUAUUUAUGUUAGUUCGAUAGAAACCAGAUUGAGAAUCUAAAUCUCAUAAUAAGAUUUUAUUUAACUUUGAAAA